AUGUUGUUCUCCAUGCUGACGGCCGGCGCCUUUUUGGCUGCCUCUGCCUCUGCUUCUGUUACUGCUAAGCCCGUCAAGAAGCCCUUUGACUUUCUUGUGACCUUUGGCGACAGCUAUACGGACAACGGCCGUUUGAAUUACUACAUCGGCAAUGGAGGUAACCCUCCUCCGGCCGGUCAGCUUCACGGCGAGAUCAACGUAACCGCCAGCGGUGGUUUGACGUGGAACCAGUAUGCCAGUCGUCAAGUUGGGGCCAAGCUUCUUGAUUAUGCUGUUAGAAGCGGUGCGACCUGCUCCAACAAGAUCAUCUCGCGGUACUUCAGCGCCAUUAACCGGGACUUCCCAGCUGUCUUGGAUGACGAGAUCCCUUCUUUCGUCGCCGAUACUGCAUACAGGUCCAUCUUCCCCGACAGGACCGCCGACAACACCGUCUACGCCCUUUGGAUCGGAACCAACGAUCUCGGUGGCGAUGCCUUCCUGACCGAGAACCAGCACCCCGGCAAGACCCUGACUGACUUUUCCGAGUGCAUCUGGACCGUUUUUGACACCAUCUACAAGUCUGGCGGACGUAAGUUUGUGCUGCUAAACGUCGCACCUCUACACCUGGCGCCUCUAUACGCCACCAUUGAAAACGGCGGAUUCUCUGGCCCAAGCCAGUUUUGGGCCGGCAAGUCCCAGUACAACGUCACGGAGAGGAGUGAGAAGAUCAAGGAGUACAGCACUACCCUCAAUACCGUCUUCAGCUAUGGCGCUGCGGUCAACACCAAGCUCAAGUCGCGCUGGCCCAAGGCGACCUUUGAUCUCUUUGACGUCCACAGCCUCUUGACUGACAUCCACGAGGAUCCUGCUGCGUAUCUGGACGCUCCUUACAACAGCACCGGAUACUUCCACCACUGUCCAGCUUCCGGUAGCAACUGCGUUGAUCAGACGAGCCUUGGCCCGUUGACCGGUUUCAUGUGGUAUGACGAGCUGCACCCUUCCACCAAGACCGCUUGCCAUCACCCUGUUGCUGUGAUAUGGGAGUUGAAGCAUGUGAGUAUCGCUGACCAGGAAAUGCCAGAUUCUGUCAUUGCAAAGCACUUCCUCGAUGUUGUUGCUGGGCAGUCCAAGUAUGGCACUCGCUACCAGGGUUAA